GACAACUUGAAACGAAAGUGAAAAUUUAUUGAAUUCGAUGAAAAAAAUUCUACAAAUGGUCGGUGUUAAGUCAGACCGGACCAAGUCGCAAAACUGGAAAAAACGAGUUAACGAUAGUAUUGGAUUUAGAGAGUUACUCCAACUUAUAACAUCAAAACUGCGCAAAAAUAUUGAAAAAUUUAAAAUUCUUGAUUGGCGUUGAUAACCUGCAACUGGCAGUGCCGCUGAAAGUGAAGGAAGGUAAUUCUGCUGGCCCUGUAGUUGCAAAAACUCGACUAGGUUGGUGCGUAUACGGUCGACUCCGGGCUGGCAUUGACAAAGCGUUCAGCUUUCACGUAUGUGAGAGUGUCUCAAACCAGGACCUACAUGACGCUAUGAAGCAAUUUUUUGCAACCGAGGAAGUCAGUGUGGAGCCUAAACCCGGUCUAUCAGAAGAAGAAGAGCGAGCACAGAUGAUUUUGGAGACUACGACAAAACGUGUCGGGGAACGAUUCGAAACAGGAUUACUGUGGAAGCAAGACAACUUUACUCUACCGAAUAGUUACCCUAUGGCACUCCGUCGGCUUGAAUGCCUUGAGAGGAAAAUGAACCGCUGCCCAGAUCUGAAGGAAAAUCUCCAUCGCCAAAUUACAGAGUACCAGUCUAAGGGAUAUGCCCAUAAGGCGACCCCAGCAGAACUGACAAAUGCUGAUCCGCGUAGAAUCUGGUAUCUUCCGUUGGGCGCAGUAACGAAUGCCAAGAAACCUGGUAAAAUACGCGUCAUUUGGGACGCAGCUGCCACAGUCAAUGGCGUCUCAUUGAAUUCUGUAUUACUAAAGGGUCCCGACCAGUUGACUUCGCUUCCCGGUGUUCUCUUUCGAUUUCGACGGUUUGAAGUGGCUGUCAGUGCGGAUAUAAAAGAAAUGUUCCACCAGAUUCGCAUUCGGGAGGCCGAUAAACAUUCACAGCGUUUUUUAUGGCGCUCUACUCCGACAGAGAAACCUGAGGUCUAUCUGAUGGAUGUGGCAACGUUCGGAUCCACUUGCUCACCGGCAUCGGCACAAUACGUGAAAAAUCUAAAUGCGAAAAACCAUUCUAACCAGUUCCCUCGGGCGACGCUCGCUAUAACUGAUUGCCAUUAUGUUGACGAUUACCUGGACAGUUUUAAGAGCUCGACAGAGGCACAACAAGUGGCAAAGGAAGUGCGUCUGAUACAUCAUAAUGGAGGAUUCGUUUUGCGUGGGUGGCGCUCGAAUAACCGUCAUGUGCUAGCAGAAUUAGGGGAAGUUGGCACCGCGGCCUGCAAAAGUUUAGUUUCAGCGUAUAGUGAACUAAUCGAACGAGUCUUAGGGUUGCUUUGGACACCCCACACCGACGAGCUCAGCUUUUCUACGCAAAUGAGCACUGAGGUACAGAUGUUGCUCUCCAGUGGCUGUCGACCAACAAAGCGGCAGGUAUUGAGAUGUGUCAUGACUCUGUUUGACCCAUUAGGGCUGCUCGCUCCGUUUGUUAUUAACGGUAAGGUGCUGAUACAAAACCUCUGGCGAACCGGGGCAGAAUGGGAUCAGAAAGUUGACGAUGUUUCCUUUGAUCUUUGGCGGAAAUGGAACCAGAUGAUCGAGUUCAUCAGUACUGUACGAAUACCCAGAUGUUACUUUAAGCAAGCAACUGCAGCAACGUAUAAAGAUGCACAAAUGCAUGUGUUCACCGACGCCAGUGAGAAAGCCUACGCGUGCGCGGUUCAUAUCAGAGUUGUAACAAAAAACGGAAAGGCGGAGUGUGCUCUACUGGCAGCCAAAGCUAAAGUCGCUCCGGUGAAACCUAAGUCUAUUCCUAGGCUUGAGCUUGAGGGCUGCGAACUAGGAACGCGGCUGGCGAGACACGUUUAG